UUGGCCCCGCGAGCGCGUCUCUCGUUCCCGCGGGCACGCACGACCACGCAUACGCACGUCCGACUCCGUACACACGAGCUGUCUGCCUGCCUUUGCCGUUUCUCUCUCUUUCUGUCCUCGCUCACUCGCUCUCUCUUUCUCUCUCUCUCUCUCUCUCUCUCUCUCUCCCUCUCUCGCCCUCUCACUCUCUCUCCGUCUUUGUCUGUCUGUCUCUCUUCCGCGGUAGCAGCAGUCGAUCGCUGGCCACCGUUAAGGACUUGAGUGUCGGCCGUGCGCGUUACGUAACGCCGGUGACAGUGGUGCGCGCUGCUCUGCCCCUCCGUCGUUGCCGAGUCCGCCGCUGCUCUUACUCUCGAAGGGAGAGAGAUUCGCAAAUAGAGUUGGCGCGCGCAGAGAAGGUCUGUGCUCGCGCACUUCAGCGCUGGAAUUUUAACGACUGCAGUCAACAUCGGUAAAAGAAGUUGCAAUAUAAGGAUACCGAGAUUACUCAUUAAAGAAUCAUUACCGACGGGGAGAUCUGGAGGUGGCGGCGGAGGAGGACGACGAGGAUUCGGCCACGCGCAGGAGAAAUGAGGCGGACGUGACGUCGCAAUGACAUGAUGAAGAGCUUGGUGGGGAUCAUGUGGAUUGUCUUGGUGCUCUUAUCAGGAUGCUCGGGGAAUCCAGACGCGAAACGCUUGUAUGACGACCUGCUCUCCAACUACAACAAACUCGUGCGGCCGGUUGUCAAUGUGACCGACGCCCUCACCGUUAAAAUCAAACUCAAGCUGUCGCAGCUGAUCGAUGUGAACCUGAAGAACCAGAUUAUGACAACGAAUCUAUGGGUUGAACAGUCAUGGUACGAUUACAAGCUGAAAUGGGAUCCAAAGGAGUACGGUGGUGUCGAGAUGCUGCACGUUCCUUCCGACCACAUAUGGCGACCGGACAUUGUUUUGUACAAUAACGCCGAUGGCAAUUUCGAGGUGACCCUAGCGACGAAGGCGACGCUCAACUACACAGGCCGAGUCGAGUGGAAGCCGCCAGCGAUUUACAAGUCUUCCUGUGAGAUCGACGUCGAGUACUUCCCUUUCGACGAGCAGACUUGCGUCAUGAAAUUCGGCUCUUGGACCUACGAUGGCUUUCAGGUGGACUUGAGGCAUAUCGACGAGGUGCAAGGCAGCAACGUCGUCGACAUAGGCGUGGAUCUCUCCGAGUUUUACACUUCCGUGGAGUGGGAUAUCCUCGAGGUGCCGGCUGUCAGGAACGAGAAGUUUUAUACGUGUUGCGACGAGCCAUACCUCGACAUCACUUUCAACAUCACCAUGCGACGGAAAACGCUGUUCUACACGGUCAAUCUCAUUAUCCCGUGCAUGGGCAUAUCCUUCCUCACGAUACUCGUCUUCUAUUUGCCCAGCGACAGCGGCGAGAAGGUGAGCCUGUCAAUUUCGAUUCUGCUGUCGCUCACUGUGUUCUUCCUGCUGCUCGCCGAGAUCAUUCCGCCGACGUCGUUGGUGGUGCCGCUUCUCGGCAAGUUUGUGCUCUUCACCAUGAUCCUCGAUACCCUCAGCAUAUGCGUGACAGUGGCGGUACUGAACGUGCACUUCCGCUCGCCGCAAACGCACGUGAUGAAGCCCUGGGUCCGCCGCGUCUUUAUCCACGUGUUGCCCAGAUUGCUGGUUAUGCGCCGUUUCAUUCCCAGGCCGCAGUACCAGAUCGACAGGCGCGGCAUCGGCGACCACCAUCACCAGCAUCAGCAUCAGCAUCACCUGCACCAACAGUCCGCGCACCCGCACUCGCACCACGCGAGUCCCGGGCGCCAUCGUGGCUCGCAGAGCGGCCACGUGAUGGUGCGCACCUGCAACGGUCUCGAACUGCGAGACCAGUCGAUCUACGCCGAGGCCUCGGCCUCCGAUCUACUCGAGUCCUCCGUGCUAUUCCCAAGUCUCGACUCGCGAGACGAUCUCAAUCCCAGGUUCAUGGAAUUAGAAGCGGUGAAUCUAGGUAGCCAGUGCCGGAUCCACGGUUCGCCGGGUGGCGGUGCGGGUCCAGCAGGAGUCUCGUCGCAGACGCCAAGGCCACCGCCGCAGUUACCGAGCGAGGACAGCGUCGAGGCCUUGUGUCGUAGUCUCAACCACUGGCAUCACUGCCCCGAACUCUACAAGGCCAUCGAGGGUAUUCGUUAUAUCGCUGAUCAUACCAAACGCGAGGAGGAUUCUACUAGGGUAAAAGAGGACUGGAAGUUCGUGGCGAUGGUGCUGGAUCGUCUGUUUCUGUGGAUCUUCACGCUGGCCGUGGUGGUCGGCACGGCGGGUAUAAUACUGCAGGCGCCGACCCUAUACGACGAUAGGCUGCCGAUCGACGUGCGGCUCUCGGAGAUCGCCUCGACCACUGCCAAGCCACACAUCGUCACGACCCUCUGAGAGGGCAACAACGCCACCUCCACAUUACUUGCCGUCGUGGGCCUCUUCCUCUAAGCUAUCCUAUCUUUCUUACUUUCUUCUUUCUUUCUUCGGCGUUAAUCUUUUCCAGACUCGACGCUUUCGUUUCUCUCGCGAGUCGAAUGAUCCUUGCAACGCUUGGCUUCGACAGAGCGAACUAAUGCCGUCGAGGGGGACCCCGAUUGGCUCGCCGGUCGUUCGCUCGCGCCUUUAACUGCUCUUUGCGCGUCGGGCGAACAUUGUAGCAUCCGGCUCUCACCAUUUUUUUUUCUCUCCUUUUUUUUCCUUUGCGGCCCUUAAAACUUGGAAAGGCGCUCCGACAAUGAAAAGAACUUUUGUCGCCGACCCGAAGGCAAAGGGAAAAAUAUAGAUCUUUCUUUUCAUUCGAGAAAUGGAAUUCAACCAGGAAAAAGAUACACAAACUACUCGGGUUCAUCGACAUGCCACAUUGCGUAUAAAUGUCGUUCCGUACAACUGCCGUUACACACAUGAUUUUUGCGCGCAGACCUCGAAAGCACAUAUUAUACGACAGCAGUGUGUGUGUGUGUGUGUGUGUAAUAGAGAGAGUGUAUGUAGAUCAGUUCAUCUCUCCUUAACCCAAUUCCACUCAAGCGCAAAGCAACGCGAAGAAGAGGCGGCGAACAAAGGGAGACAAGAAAUUUUAUUGCCGCUUACGGAAAAACAAACUAUUCGCGUAUAAAAUGCAUCCGUCGUUCGACAAAUACACUCGCGAACAUGGUUCCCCCCAACAAUUGGCAGGAAGGGGGGGGAGCAUUGUACUCGCGAAGUAAAGAAACAAAAAAAGACGGUUCAUUAAGGUGGAAAAAAGAAGGGAGAGUCACUUUGGAUUUACUUUGUGAGGCAAAGCUUUUCUUUUUUGUUCAACGAGAAACCGAAUUGCUUCUUUCAUUUUUUAACUUUAAAAUGUAAAGUUUGUUAGUUGUACCUUUGGAGAAACGAGGAAUUUCGAAAUUGGAAAAACAACGUUGUUGAGGUUCCAGUCGCAUUUGUUUGUAAAAAAUAUUGUAUGAGAGAGGUAGAAUGAAUUAUUAGAAAAAGAACAAUUACGAAACAAACCAACAAAAAACAAGCAUCAUCGAGCCUGUGUCUAAGGGGCCACAUAUUUUCACUGUAAGGAAUUUCACAAAAACAAAAAAAAUACCUAAUACCUGAUAACACGAGACGAUGAUUAUAGAAAGCAGGAGAAAAAAGAAGACAUGCGAGAAAGCGAAGGGCACACUUAAUAUUGUAUUCCAUAAACGUGCAAUGAACAAUUCUAAAUAAAUUUGCAUCGACGUGUAUAAAGUUUUAUUGUGUAUAUGCACACGAGACAUGUCGAGGGGUCCACUAGAGAAAAAAAAAACAAAACAAAUGUAUAAGCGAAAAAGAGAAAGAAAAGCGAAAAAAAAUAGUAAACGAUUCUUUGUUUUGUUCUUUUAGUUGUCGACCGCUCGACUUUUUAUUACUCGUAUAUAUUUGUAACAAAAGAAAAAAUGUACUUAAACGUAAAGAACAGCAGAAAUAAAAAAUAUACAUAUAUGAUAAUAUAUGUAUAGAACAAGUAAACUAAACAUCAUGUUCUAUUAUUGUGAUUUUUACGUAUAGAGGUGAAAUAAAAACGACUACUAAAGUUUACACAGAAAAAGAGAUUGUAAUGCAUUAGAAGCGUUAACUAUUGAUUGAUUUUGUUCGAUAGAUAGCUUUUUAGUUCGAAUAUUUUGAUUUUAGCUUUGUACUACAAUCUUUUUAUUUGUGUACAAUUUAAUCGUCCAAAGUGGUGCACAUAUAUUACCACAAAAUAAUUAUGUGGAUAUUUAAGAUAAAAAAAUAUUUAAUAAAAAUAAAUGCGCGGUUGGGUAUGAUUGUGUGAAAGCUUUGAGAUAUAGUCCAUUUAAUAGUUGAGUAUUAUAUUGUCUCACCACUGCAAUGUCAAAAUGCGAUCAACCGUAAAAACAUUGCGUGUUUUAGUACUUUUUGCGGUCUUCCUCGUUCAGUAGCAUAUAUUCCCUCUUUUUUGUGUAUUUUCAUUUUCCUUUUACAGUAUGCGAUAGCGUUGUCAACAUAAACAAAUUAAAAGAAAUCUUGUUACAGUUGAUGAACAACUCUGUUUACUUUAUAACUGAAUCUGAUUGAAAAAUCAUGUUGAAAUGUGCUGUUAAACAAAAAGAGUCGUUGUACAAUAAGUUUAGAAAAUAAUCAGUAUUAAAAUAAAUUGUUCAUUGUACAUUAUAAGUCUUUAUACGUUGCUAUAUCGUCUGAUUUGUCAAGUGCCAUCAUAUAAGAAAGCGAUAAUUAGCAGCGCUUUAUUAUGGAAGUAAGACAUUUUAAGAUUGUUGUUACAUUUUUACAAUCUGAUUGUAGACUCUCGGAAAACUGUGUUCUUUCAAGUAGAACUUGACAACUUUCUUCAUUUUGCCAAAUUUUUUUAUAAAGUCGAGUAAUAGUGCGCCUAAAUGCGGUUUGAUCAUUGAAAUUUUACGUAAUCGGUCGAUAUUGGACAAUUUCUAUAUCAUAGUUACAGCAAUACCAAAUGAUUUAUAAAUUAAGGUAUCAUUGAUAUAGUUUAUAGUUGUUAAUAAUACUCAUUGUUUCCAUGAUACAAUCUACCCAAAAAGUAUCUAAUAAUUUUCUAAUCAUUCAAAUAAUGACGACACGUAAGGUAAUUGAAAUCAGACUUUGUAUUAUAAGUGUAAGUAUAUGAAGCAAAAUAAGAAUAUUAAUGCAAUAGUUUAAUGAAAAGACGCUUUGAAUAAUCGAGCGUUGUAAAAAUGUUUUAAAAUUCAUUUUAAUUAAUUGUAUAUACAUAUGAGUGUUCUUUAAUUUCUCUAUAAUGACGAUCAUACUGACUGAAUUUUUUAUAAUUUACAACGACUAGUGACUAAAAAACACGAUAAUUGUUUUACGCGGCCAUGUAUGCGCCACAAAAAGAUUAGUGUUCUUUUAAAGUAAUCGAAAAUCCCGAGGAUAUGUUGAAACAAAAUAAAAUUUGCUCAUAUUAAGUACGUGAAAAAUCUAAAUGUGUUGAUUGUAUGAUUGCAAUGCCGAAUAACUGUUCAAUCUUCACAUUCUUUUUGUAGACUUGCAAAAAAUAACAGAAGUGUGCGUGCGAGUAUGUGGGGAAAAAAAAUCUGCAAUAUUGCAUAGACGCGCAUCUGCGACAAGAAUUUACCUAAAGGAAUUAGAGGGGAAAAAUUACUACUCUAUAUUUAAUGCAUAAGUAUAAGCGCAGGGAUAGUGAAAUAAAAAUCAAGUAAAUGAGUAAGUAACAUUUAAACAACAUAUUGCCAUUAAUAAGGUAUACUAUAUAUUUUAUUUAAACUGAAAGAAUAAGUUAUUGUAAGACGCGUACACAUGGGCGAAUUGCAAGAUAAAUAGUCAUAAUUUAAUGUUAAAUAAAGGUUCGAUUUAUGUACUACAAAAAGAAAAAACCAAUAUAUUUUCUUUUUUGCGCGUUCCAGCAUUGGUAUAAUAAUUAUUGAGUAUACUGUUUUCUCGUUGUGAAAAAUAUUUCUUUUGUACUGACUGUUUUUUUCUUUUCAAUUUAAUCUUUGCAGCUGAAACAAUAAUCUUAGGGUUUUUAAAUACAGAUAACUAAUAAAAUUAAGGAAAUUUUAGAUUAUUUACAAACUGUCUAGAAAACAAAGAUUUAUUUCUUAAGCCCGUUAAGAAAAUUUAAUAUACGCGGUUGAUAACAAAACCUCAUUUCUUGAAUCAAUCGCGAGCUCAUUGAGAAUAAGCUGCCAAAGAACGUUUUGCAUUCAUUUUUACUGAAAACACCACUAUAUUGACUGUCAUGAUUUCUUUAUUCUUUUAAGAUCCUUUGUUCUUUGAAAAACUGUACGCGAAAAAAAUCUAAACUUACACGUAAGAAAUGGAAUUGAUGUGUUAAUGUUUUACAAAUUCAUUCUAAUAGAUAUGCCUUGAAAUUAUAAAUUAUAGAAAUAUCAGAGAAUUGUAAGAAAAGUAUUAGGUAUGUCAACAUGACGCAAGAAAGAGAAUUUUAUAGGCACUUUUUUCAGAUGUAAUCUUUGUUAUGAAUCGUAAUUGUAUUAAACUAGAAGUUUGGUGAUGAGAUCGGAUUGAAAAAAAGGAGGCAACGUUUAUAAUAAAGGGUAAUAUGCCAAUACUAUCGCGCAAAAAGCAAUGAAAAGUCUUCUUAUACGGAUCCGUAUCAUUUGUACUCCUUUUCCGCGAAGGUAAUAAUUAUAAUUUAAAGUUUAUUUAUUUGAAUAAUUUCAUCGUAACAGAAACAUUGGCGUCUGUACUUAAAAAUCUAAGUACAUUGGAGAAAAAGUAUUUAAAAUAAUGUUGUCAAAUAUCAUAGCAAGAAAUAUAAAAACUACUAAGCACCGUGAAAAAAGUUGAUAAAAAAAUAUAACUCGAGUGCAUUAUCUCGAGUAAAUACUUAUACAGUGGAAUAGUGAGUUAACAUUAAAAAAAAUGGUAAAUAUUGUUGGAACGUCUCGACCAUUAGUCAAGUGUUGAUGUAAUUAUUUUUAUUUUUCUGGAUUUUCUAAGAAUAUAUGUUUUUAAUGAAUUGUGUAAAUUAUAGUCUGACUCAAAUUUAUCAAAGUCUGUUUGUUAAUACACGUGCUGUUUUUCCUUAACGUACAUUGUGAGUAAGCAGCUCACAAUUUUGAUGUAAUCAAUGAAAAAUUGUUGAUGAAUUGUCGAGACGUUUGUUGGUAAAAUAUAUUAAAAUAAAAAUGUGAAACUGAAAAAAAUUACAAACUUUCUACGUAACAGGUGUAAUCCAUAAAAUU